AUGCAUUUAUUUUCAAGAAUCAGAUCUGACGCUCGUGCCCGUGAAGGUAAAAGAGUCCGUUUGGCCUUGAAGGCCUUUGAAGGGAUCGAACUACACAGUUGCGAGACGCUCAAUCCGAUUACUUACUACGACGCUAAUGCGUAUGAUGACAACAAUUCCAAACUCUCUAUUCACUUUGUUCACGACUCUCUUCCUCUUAGGAGCUUUUCAAACUAUGGUCGCUUCACCAAGAAAGCCCCUUUUACUCCAAGUAACAAACAAAGCAGGUUCUCAAGAGCUCAAAAUGAAAUUACUGAGAUUCUUGAGAUACAAAGGUUGAAAGCUAUCAUCCUAAAGGCAUCAGUCAAGAAUUCGGUCAAGGCUGGUCUCACUAGCUUGAGUAGAGCCACAAAGCCAACAGCCAACUUCGAAGACGAGCCAAUCACUCAAAGACAAUUUGAAAAUGGUCUUGCGUUGUCAGAGAACAUGGAGUCUACUGUUUCCGAGUCUUGGGGAAUUUCUGGGAAGCCAAAACACAAAAGCCGCAUCGGAAAAAUUUCCCGCAGAGUCUCUAAAAACGUCUCUAAGCGUUUGCGCAAAAUGGCUUUCAAGAAAGGCUCCAAGUCUGGAAAGCAAUUGAUUCCUAAUUCCAAGGUGAAGGAUUGUGAGUUGGCAAUACAACAGGUUCACGCCCGGGGCCAGAUUGCGUUGUUCGGCCACGUUCUUGACUCCAUCGACACUGAGUCCAUUUAUUCUAGUCAAAAACAAAACUUCUUUUUCAAAAUUCAAAACCUUGCCAAGAAAAUUUUUGGCAGAAAGCAAUCAGCAGAUGCCAAAUUCUUCGGUUGCAAAUUCGGCUUUCGGACCGGUUCCUGGCGUCGUGCGUCGUUUUCCCGUGCGCGGGUGCAAAAGCGGCGCACGGUCGCCAGAAACAAAGACAAUGAUUUGAAGCAUUUCAAAUUGACUGCUAAAGCUCAUAAAUUCCCUUGGGUAUUCUUGAGACGUAAGUCAAAUUCUGAAAAGGUUCACAAAAUCGUCGUCGCGGACAAGCACAAGAAACGCAACAAGAAAGUGAAAGUGACUUCCAAGGACUCGACCUUGCGUCCUUUUAACUUGACUUGCAACUCUCUCACCUUUUCUCAGACGACCCUCAGACAGUUGUCCCACUUGAAAAUUCUUUGCAAGUCUAUGAAGCCUGUCCAACUGGCUGACUUAGCUGUGAAGGAUUGGGGCACAUGCGCCUUCUACUCAGGUCGCAAAACUCAAAGUUGCUCAACAACCCUCUCCAGGUGCAUCCUUCCUUUUAAGAAAAGUGCCAGCAAUAACGAGAGUGGUUCAGGGGACAAAGAGACAGAGCAAGAUAUGCCUUCUUUUUUCUCCAACAGCGACGUUUUUUCCAUGCGUGCAAUCGCCCCCAAGCUCACUGAAGGUUCAUCUUCGGCUAGUACAAAGGGGGUCGAGGGCACCUAUACUAACAAUACAGGACCCGUUUUGGGUAAAACAGAAUACAACUGGGCACUUCUGGAUCUUCCAUCCGAAGUCUCCAUCACUCCCUUCAGGAUCUUCUCCCCAAACCACUGCCGCGUUCAUAAGACAAGCAGGGUCCAAGGGUUGAAACGAAGCGGAAGUUAUCGCAGGGGCCUUGACUUAACACGUCAGGGUUUCGAAAUUUUUACCUGCAAAGACAAUUAG